AUGUUUUAUGGUACGAUAGCUGGCAUAACUUUCUUAAUUAGUGCAUUGACAAUAUUGGCACAAUUAAUUUUAUUACCAAUUUUUUUCAAACAGACUGGUAUUAUGAGACAUGAAAUUGAGGAACGCAUGAAAUUAUUUAAGCUAUUAGCUGAUACAGGUGAUAUGCAUUUUACUGAAAAACGUCAUGAAUUAUUACGCAAGAAAAAGUCGACAAAUAUUUGUCCACCACCAGAACCUGGACCACCAGGACCACCAGGAGAUCCAGGUGAGGAUGGAGAACCUGGUGACGAUGGAUUAGUCGGAUUACCAGGAAAAAGUACGUUUGAGCUGUUGGAAGAAAUACAACAACAGUGCAUUAUUUGUCCACAAGGAGAACGUGGACCACCUGGAGCACCUGGUAAUCAAGGAAUGCAAGGUCCAAAAGGUGAUCGAGGUGUUCCGGGAAUUCCUGGAUCGGAUGGCCAAGAUGGUGAAAUUGGCCUAGAAGGCUCAGAAGGAUAUAAUGGAACAAGUGGAAUGAGAGGCCCAAAAGGACCGGAUGGAAAGCCUGCUACAGGUGGUAUUGGGGAACCAGGCCCAAAAGGACUACCUGGAUCAAUUGGUAGAACUGGACCGCAAGGUCCUCGAGGUAGGCGAAACUAUAUGUACGGACCUCCUGGACCGGAUGGUAAGAAAGGUGUUAAGGGAAUGGAUGGUCUUCCAGGAAAUUUUGGUCCAAGAGGUAAUCGAGGACCAAUUGGUGAACCCGGUGCCAAUGCAGUCUUUUGUCCUUGUCCACUAGAAAUGGAAUUACUUAAUAUAAAACAAGCGAGACAACAACUACCACCACAACAAUCGCAAUUACAACAACUACAACAAUCACAACAACAACAACAAUUACAGCAACUGCAACAACAACUGCAACAACAGCAACAAUUACAACAACAGCAAUUACAACAACAACUGCAACAACAACAACUACUACAACAACAAUUGCAACAACAACAACAACAAUGGACAAAACUGAAAACGAAGAAAAAGGGGAAAGAGGGAACUCAAUUACCAGCACUAAUUAAUAAUGCUUCAUCAUUAUCAUCUAUUUACCUAAAAUCAAAACAAUUAUUUAUCACGUCAACAAACAGUCCGCAUGAAAAUAUUCCACAACAAUUUUCUCAGAUCUCACCGCUAUUAACAGUAGUUGAAUACAAUGGAUUGCCGAAUGAUGGGAAAAAUAAUGAAGGUUCGAUGAAUGAAAAGGUCAAAAGUUCAAUUAGUAAGAAUAACAGUAAUGAUGCUGAUAAUAAUGAUAAGUCAUCAUUGCAUAAUCCACAUAAUGAUUUUGAAGAUAUAACGAUUUUUGACAAUGAUCAUAAAAGGAAUGGCACAAAUAUUCCAAUCAAAUCAUUAUCAUCAUCAUUAUUACAAUAUCAACAAUUACCACCCAAAAUUCUUCCAGUUGCAAAUAAGCAAGAAAAUAAAAAUUUUCAUAAUCAAAUAAUCGAUUUAACACAUAACGAUGAAUUUUAUUCGAAAAUAGAACAGCAACAAAUUAAUGGAAUUAGCGAAAAUAAUAUCCAUCAAUUACAUUUGAACGAUAAUGUAAAACGCUUUACACAAAAUCGUCAUAUUGCAGUUGGUGAUGCUAAAGAUAAUGAAGAUGACAAAGGAAGUAAUAUAAGCAUAAUACAAAAUGAAGAAACAAUAACAACGACUGCUACUACUAUUACUACAACCACUACUAGUACUACGUUAGGACCACUGAUAACUGGAUAUCCAGAUGAAGUAAUGACCACUUCAACUCGUUUACGAUUCAUUUAUGUAACAAAACGUCCUAGAUCAUUUUAA